AUGAGGGGCGAUGACUAUGUGGAUGAUGAGCCGGAAGGCCGCGAGGAGGGGCUCAUGAUGAUGGAGCUCGAGCAACCCGCGGAUGACGACGAAGUGCUGGGCCAGUACUACGUGGCAAGGCGGGAGAUGCUUGCACAGACCCUACAGCGCAGGAAGAAGUGGAUCGUGGGCGGUGCUGCCACUUGCCUUGUAGUGGUGUUGCUGCUUGGCAUCGUCGCCAUGGCCGUGCGCAAUCAAGGUCACGGUGGAAAUGGAAGUGGCGGCGAGAUGGAUGGCCCUCGCCUGCCCGGCUACGUGCAGCCAAACCACUACGACCUCCACAUCAUGACCGACAUGACCGCCUUCACCUUCAAGGGCACCGCCGAGAUCGACAUCACGGUGACAAAGAAGGGAAUCAACCAAAUCGUGCUACAUGCGCUGGACCUCGACAUCAGUGAGGCCCGGCUCCAGUCCGCCGACAAGCUGCACAGCGAGGACGCCGAUGAGAUUCGAUUCGACAAGGCCAACGACUUCCUCAUUCUCGAGUUCGCGUCGCUCUCCAAGUGGCUCGAGACCUCCUCCGAGUUUGUGCUGCAGCUGACCUUCAACGGCACACUCAAGACCAGCAUGUCCGGCUUCUACCGGAGCUCCUACGUUGUCGACGGCAAGACUGAGUGGUUGGCCGUCACAGACUUUGAGCCGACCGACGCUCGUCGAGCCUUCCCCUGCUUCGAUGAACCCGCAAUGAAGGCCAACUUCACCAUCACGCUGACGUAUCCGGUCGGCUACCAAGGCAUCAGCAACAUGCAAGAGUUAGGCCGAACCACCAGCCCCACCCGGAUCGAGUCCAAGUUCGCCACGUCGGUGCGCAUGAGCACCUACCUCGUGUGCUACUCCAUCAACAAGUUCGAGUCCAUCCAGACCACCACCACCGACGGGAAGGUCAAGGUGAGAGUGUGGACAACGCCCGACACGAUCAGCCAGGCCGAAUACGCUCUCGAGGUGGGCAAGUACGUGCUGGGUAACUACACCGACUACUACGGCAUUCCCUUCCCGCUCAGCAAGCUCGACCUUAUCGCCAUCCCUGACUACUCGGCCGGCGCCAUGGAGAACUGGGGCCUGAUCACCUUCCGCCAGACGGCGCUCCUCUACGACCCGCAGCAAUCUUCAUCCUCCGACAAGCAGCGCGUCGCCGUGGUCAUCGCCCACGAGCUGGCCCACCAGUGGUUCGGCAAUCUGGUCACCAUGAAGUGGUGGAACGACCUGUGGCUCAACGAGGGCUUCGCAUCGUUCAUGGAGUACAAGGGCGUCAACUUCAUCCACCCGGACUGGAGCAUGUGGGAGCAGUUCCUCUACGACGACCGUAGCACGGCGAUGGACCUGGAUGCCCUGCGCACCUCCCACGCCAUUGCCGUGGACGUGAAGCAUCCGUCGGAGAUCGGCCAGCUCUUCGAUUCCAUUUCCUACUCCAAGGGCGCCAGCAUCAUCCGCAUGCUGGAGGCCUAUCUGGGCACCUUCACCCAAGCGCCUCGUCUCUUCCAAAACGGAAUCCACGACUAUUUGGAGGCGCACAAGUACGGCAAUGCGGAGACGGCGCAGCUGUGGCAGGCCGUGUCGGACGCUACCGAGUCCGUCGGCAGGCUCGACAUCGCCACCAUGAUGAACACCUGGACCAGCCAGGUCGGCUUCCCCUACCUCCAACUCACGCCCGUCCCCGGCCAACGCCAACUCGAUGUCACCCAGCGACGAUUCCUGGUGAACGGGAACAAGUCGCACGAGGAUGCCACGCUGUGGUGGGUCCCGUUCGUCUACAAGACCUUCGGUGGCGCCCCGACACUCAAGCCCCUGCCCAAGACGCGCUCGGAGAGGAUUCCGUUUGAUGCGAGCCGCGACGGCUACGUGCUGGGUAACGUGGGACAGGCGGGCUACUACCGCGUCCUCUACCCGGCCUCCAUGUACGACGCCUUCCGCGCGCCCCUCUCCCAGCUCCCCAACUCGCCCAUCCAGGCGCUGGAGCUCACACAGUUCCUGGAGAGGGAGAGCGACUACACGGUCUGGGCGAUGGCCCUGGACGGGCUCAACGGCAUGGGCGGCCUCCUGCGCUACGAGGACUGCUACGGCCGCUUCCAGAAGCACGUCCUGAGCCUCAUGGGACCCGCCCUGCUCGAGGUCGGCUGGACCCCCUCCGACGCCGAGCCGCACCUGACCAAGCUCCUCCGCAGCCUCCUCCUCGCCAACGCCGUCUCCCUCGGUCACCAGCCGUCGAUCGACACGGCCAAGGAGCUCUUCAAGGCGCUGGUGGCGACUGGCCGUGAGAUCCCGCAGGACCUUCGCAACGCCGUGUACCGUGCUGGUGUCGCCACCGGCGGCCUCGACGCCUACGAGUGGAUGCUCCAACGAUAUCAAACGGCGAACGUGGCUGCGGAAAAGCUGCGCGCGCUGUCGGCGUUGGCCUACGCGCGGGAGCCCUACCUGCUGCAGCGCACGCUGCGUCUGUCGCUGUCGCCGCUCGUGCGGUCGCAGGAUACGGUGCGCGUGGUGGCCCUCGUGGCCAAUAACCCGGCCGGCACCGCGCUCGCGUGGGAGUUCUUCCGCGACAACUACCGCGUGUUCUACGAGCGCUACGGCGGCGGCCACUUCCUGAUCAAGAGCCUCAUCAAGGCCGUCACCACCCACUUCUCCACCCAGGCCAAGCUCGCCGAGGUCAACCAGUUCUUCAAGGAUCACUUUGUGGAGGGCGGGUCGCGGGCCAUUGAGCAGUCGGUGGAGACGAUCGAGUACCGCAUCCACUGGUUGGCCACCAACUUGGCGACUGUUGACGCCUGGCUAACGGCACACACCUAG